UUGGGCCCCAGGUUCGCAGGGCCCGGUCGAGGUACGCCUGAAGCCAUGAUCUAGCAUGCCCCUUCAAUGGAAGGUCUAUGUGGGAGUAUGAUGGCGGGGAGAGAUAUGCCAGCCCAGCGAAGCCUGUACUGCGAUAUGUGAGGUGUUGGUCGUGGUACUGGUACACAUGCGGCGAAUCGGGUGGGGCUUAUGCUUAGGCCUGCUUGCCUUGCUAUGGAGGGGUGCGAUAGUGAAACGCCGGGAAUUCUUCGGCCAUGACCAGAGAGAGAAACUUUGAACAAGAUUCACCUGCUGUUUUGGUUAAUCCUAUAAAUGAUUCUUACCCACUUCGUGAUUUCUCUUUUACUAACUUAAAUAUUCCCCUUUACCAUUAAAAAUAUCAUACGAACCAAUAACCAAGACUACACGUGAGGAAUUCAUCGUUCGGUGGAUAAUCGCAUAUCUCUCCAGUAUCGCCCCACUGCCACUGGCGGGGCAGCAAGGCCGCGACUCAUCAAGCCUUACAGUACUCACUUGAGCCUUUCGCUAUAUCGAUCAACAUUACGGCAUCAUCAGUUACAAACCGAGGUAUAUGCGGUAUGCGAGAUGUCAGCUCAAACACCACAAGUCCUGUCUCGACGGGCAAACGGAGGUCCUCAGACAUCAUCAAAUCAGACCUCAGAACCAACAAAGGGAAAGGGGCCACAAGAGAACAGUUCUCAUGGAAAAGCCAGAGGGAGAGGCUCUAAUGCAAGAUCUACCGAGGCCCAUAAGCAUGCGAAUGAGGACGAAACUCCAAAACCGACCAAGACUAAGGCUCAUAACGAGGGUGAAAAGCUCGUGAUACGUCGUCUCCCUCCUGGAAUGACCGAGACAGAAUUUGUAUCGAUUCUUGGAAGCGAGUGGGAGCUGGGUAAGGGCAAGGUUGACUGGUUUUCCUUCGUGGAAGGAAAGAUUUCUACUGAGUAUGGCACUGAAUACUGCCGCCGAGUUCUAUAUUACUAACGCCGUCCAAAGCCCCUCGAAACCUUCCCGGCCUGGUCGCGCCCACGUUCAUGUUAUGAAAAAGGAUGAUAUCUUGCCUCUGAGCAAUGCUGUGCGAACCGCAGUCUGGGAGGAUGCGAAGGCAUCUUUUAAUAGCCCUUCUUUGAUUGGUCCUCCUUCUGUUGAGUUUUCUAUUUACAAAAAGGUUCCAAGCAAUAAGAAGCGCACCGAUGCUCGGCAGGGAACAAUCGAUCAGGAUCCUGAAUUCAUGGCUUUUUUGGAGGAACUGGCGAAUCCAGCACCACCAAAAGAAACCGUCGAAGGAGAAGAGGGCGACGACCUUGGUAAGGCGGAGGCUAAAGUCACCACUACGCCACUCAUCGAGUACCUCAAGGAGAAGAAGGCGAGCAAAGCCAAAGAGAGCUCAUCUUCCAAAAAUUCCAAACACGGGCAGGAUUCUAGGAGCACCAAGGGGAAGAACUCGUCCAAGGAUGAGGACUCGGGUAAGAAGAAGGGCAAAGAGUCCAAGGCCGAAAAGGGAGAAAAGGCUCCCAAGGAAACCGUCAAGAUCCUCACCAAGAAGGCGACUUCUGAGCCGAAUGCGGAGGCCUCGAAGACCAACGCUAAAAGCCAAUCCCAUGACUCCAGCGCCCAAGAAACUGCACCCAAGAGUCGACGUGCGGGAAUUUUGGCUGCGGCAAGGAUCCUCCAACGAGAUCUUGGUCUCAGUCCCGGAAGCGCGCAUAGAAAGGCACGUCAAGACGCUGCCAAAGCAGAUGCAGAUGCAAAGACACCUGAAAAGGAGAACACAUCUGCUGCCGAAACAAAGGCUAGUGCUUCUGAAAGCCCAUCUACACCUGCAAAAUCAGCAGAUGCCGAAGCACCAGAACCGAAGGGACGAGGUGCUGCAAAUGCGAACAAACAGCAGCAAGCAAACCGCAGAACUCGAGGCGGAAAGAACGCUGAAAAGAGUAAUCAAAAGGAGAAGGGCAAGGAAAACAGCAAAGAGAAAGAGAAAGUUAAAGAGAGCACAUCGAGCCAACCAGCUCCCAACCCCCCAAUUAUGCUCCUCAAGAAAAAGGCUACAGAUGCCGAAUCCAACCCACCGGGGAAGCCAGCAAAUGCCGCAACGCAAGCGCCGGCCUCACAGGGAGGGAGAUCGAAAGCAGAAAAUGCAGUUGGUGGCUCUAAAGGCGGACCCAAUAAGGGGUCCAAUGCCCAGAAGAAAGCUCCUACUGUUUCUCCUGACGCUACUCGUGGUUUUGUCAAGCAUGCCAACCCCUCUCAAGGUGUUACUGAGGCGUUGCUUAAACAAACGCUCUCAACUUUUGGCACAAUUACCUUUGUUGAAAUUGACAAGAGAAAGGGGUUUGCCUAUGUUGACUUUGCUGAACAUGAGGGUCUUGUGAAGGCUGUUACUGCCAGUCCUAUCACUGUUGCACAGGGCACUGUACAAGUUUUGGAGCGCAAGGACAAGAAGCCUGCCAACACGAACGCAAACGCGGCAACGACAGCACCAGCCCCAGCCCCAGUUGCUGGAUCUGCUGCGCCAGAGAAGGGAUCUGGCCGUGGUCGACGUGGACGAGGUGGAGGCAACAAGGCAAAGGAUUCUGGUCCCAACAAUCAAGGGACUGCUCCUCAUAGUCCAGCUCCGGCCAAUGCUGGUGGCUGAGUGCGAAGAGAUGUUUUUCGGACUUUUCUCGAAUAUUUUACCCCUCUAGCGAACAACCUAAUCUGCGCCGUUGUGCCGCUGUUAUGAGCCUACUGUGCAACACAGUUGCUUAACAAGUCCAACUUAUCUCAAAGCAUGGACACUACGCAGUCAGGAGUCGGGCAUCAGAGCAGCUGAAACAUUGCAAGCGGAUAAGAGCACGGCUGAUUUAUAGUCUUUGUGCUUUUGCCUUGCGCGCGCAUGCGACGAAUCCAAUACAGAGUCGAUCUUUUGAUAGACGAUUACUCCAGCGGAAGUGGCGUUUGAGGAAGCGGCAGGUGGCAUAGCGAGGAAGGGGGGUGAUUAUGCUAGGUUCAGAGAUCGAAGCAGCAAUAUGACUUUUGCGUCUACAGUUCGUGUUGAUAAGUGAUUACAUUGAGUAUGUAAUUAGAUGUGCGGUGCGGUCUUGGGAUAAAAUGUCAACAUGCAUAUGCGGGUGCUUCAUGGGCCUUCCGAAUACUUGACUCCAGAACAAUGCAGAUGCUUGAUCUUGCAUGAACCGAGAAAGGGCUUCAAUUAUUACCAUAGUAUCAGAUAAAUCCCGCAAGAACCUCUUUGGCGAAUGCCAUCAUUCAGUUGGUCACUGCGUACAUGGGAGCGUAACCCCUGAAUCAAGUGCGGAGAGUCCAUUAUGACUCACAAGGUGUCAAGAAAGUGAGGGGAAAACCAGAUAUGGAACUCAUAGUCACAGAGGCAGAAAAGGAAGCAAGUAUUUUAAAAGAACUUUUUAAAUCAAAGACUCUAGUGCUA